UAAGGAUGAAUACAGGCGAAUGCCAGAGGAAGCGUAGUUUUUCCGAAGAGCUGAAGGCAGCCUGUGAUUACGCCCUUAGCGCUUCCCCUUCUCUGUUUUCUGAUCUCCUAAUACACGUCCUUUUGCCAACAGACUGCAGUUUCUUCACUGCCAAAAUGACAUCAUUUUCCACCUCUGCCCAGUGUUCAACAUCUGACAGUGCUUGUAGGAUCUCUCCUGGACAAACCAAUCAGGUACGACCAAAACUGCCACUUUUGAAGAUUUUGCAUGCAGCAGGUGCGCAAGGUGAAAUGUUCACUGUUAAAGAGGUCAUGCACUAUUUAGGUCAGUACAUAAUGGUGAAGCAGCUUUAUGAUCAGCAGGAGCAGCAUAUGGUAUAUUGUGGUGGAGAUCUUUUGGGAGAACUACUGGGAUGUCAGAGCUUCUCCGUGAAAGACCCAAGCCCUCUCUAUGAUAUGCUAAGAAAGAAUCUUGUCACUUUAGCCACUGCUACUACAGAUGCUGCUCAGACUCUCGCUCUCGCACAGGAUCACAGUAUGGAUAUUCCAAGUCAAGACCAACUGAAGCAAAGUGCAGCGGAAAGUUCCACUUCCAGGAGAAGAACUGCAGAAGAUGAUAUCCCCACACUGCCUACCUCACAGCAUAAAUGCGUAAAUUCCAGAGAAGGUGAUUGAAGUGGGGAAGAAUGAUGAUCUUGACGACUCUAAGUCCUUAAGUGAUGAUACUGAUGUAGAAGUUACCUCUGAGGUAUGAAUCUCCAGUGAAAGCUAUUUUGCACCAGCCCCGUCUUCAGAUGAUAUAAUUCCGGCAGUUCGCUUGUGUUGAAGACAGUUGUUCUCCCUCCACCACCCAUUUCUCUCGCCCUUGCCUAGUUGCUAAGUGAUGUUGGUUUCUUUACAUCUUGUAAGAGAUUUUUAUUGCAACUUAAGGGAAGGGGAUAAUUCGAUCUUAUCCUCUCUCUACCAUGAAAACAAUGAGAUUUAUGCCUGUGUGUGCCUUUCUCCCUGCCAUCAAAUCUCUUUGGAGACACAAAGUUACGCAAAAUAGUCCUGUGCUGCUUUCCACAACUCAACACCUCUCUGUAAUCUGAAAGACCCAUAGGCUAUCUAAAAUUAUUUGUUGAAUAUAAAAAUAAUAUUGUUUUCUUAAAAAGAAGGAAGUGGAAAACAGCUUAAUUUCCACACAGAUUGAUAUUAACGGAGGACUAUUAAAGAUUUGAUAUUCGGCUUUUGGGUUAAUAGGUAUGGAUUUGUCACUAGUUGAUAACUCAAGUCUAGACCCAGAUGUAUACCUUGCUUUUUACUUGCUGUUUCCCCGUGUUUCUUUUAGUCUUGCCACAGGUAAUACACUGUGGAGAAAAGGUUGUUGGAAGAAGGAUAAGAAGGAGAUUUUAUAUUUGCUGCUUGGAGAGAGAAACGUUUUUAGGUUGUUUCUGGUGUUGAUAGUUUCCCCCACUUCCACCACACCACUGUUGACCAUUGUGGUAGUUCAUUGCCAAUUAUCUGUGUGUAGCUUAGUAAUAAAGUGAACUAUAUUGGUCCAGUAAAAGUGUUCUUGACCAUAAUACAAAUAACCAAGAUAAAUGUUUCCAUAUUAAUCAGACUUUUGUGGCUACUUGGGCCCAGAAAACUGUUAAGCAAAUGGAUGCCAUUGAAUUUAAUAAGCCCUAUUAUCUUAUGUACUACUAAUGAAAAGUGAUGCCAGUUAAACUAUGGCACAGCAUCAGUCACAAAUUCCAAAUCUUUAUGAAGUUCCUUUGAUUAUUUGUACAACAUUUUAAAUGAGAUUGGAAGAUCUCAGACUGGCAAGAGUAUUUUGAGGCUGUCUGGAGUAUAUCCCAGUUUAACACAUGGUUGUACCCCUGCCUCUCAGUCUGGACAAUUGAGUUAUUUAUGACUUCUAUACCCGAAGUGCUCAGCCUUUGACCUGAAAGUAAUAAAGUUCAGCUUAUGUCAAAUCAUUGAUCCUGUCACAGCCAGGCAGUUAACCACAUUAGUCUUACUUGUUCCCUAUAGCUAUUUUUGAAUUAAGCAAAGCAUUUAAAAUUCAUUGAGAUCUAGUGUCUGUCUCCUAAUUUGAAUAUGGAAAAGUAGAGAAAAAUUACUUGGCAUUCAAGGACAAGAACAUUUAUUUUUCAGAGAGCACGAUUUAGGCAUAUAAUUAUACCUGUAAUCCUGGGUGCAAUGAGAGUGCAUGAGUAAAUUUAGUAGUUUUCAAAUCUCAUUUGUUUUAGCUUUCUUUUUUGCCAGAUUUUAUAACAUUUGCUAUUAGUGUAGAAAAGAAUGACAGAGUAGUCUCUUCAUUCUUCAGCCUCUUGCCUGGUAAAGGGGUAAGUUGUACAAAGAAAAAUAACCCCAAAGAAGGCCAUAAGGUACA